AUACAGUCAAAUAUGCACGAUCUAGUUCUGGAAAUGCACAGCAAUCAGGCCAUUAUGGAAAAACAAGUGUUCAAAAUAGAGGCUACACUAACACAAUUACAGAUGGAUCUAGAGAACUUACCAGACCUGGUCGCAAAAUCUUUGGGGCGCUCCUCUUUUCAGCGCAGAAAGGAGUUUUCUGAGAUAAGAAUCCCGUCUGCUAAAUCUGAUAUUAUUGUGCCUAAAAUGACGACACAUCCUAGACAAAGAAGACCUUUUCAGCAGCA